GCUUCUUCAUUGAUAAUAAAACGAGCGCAUUUGUCUUGUCGUAUUGCUCUUGGACAAAUCGACAUUCCCAGAAAUCCAUUAAUCUUUUCGUUGUCUGCCAGGUAAUCAGGUAAGACGUGGACAUUGCAAUGAGUGGAGAUAGUGAAGGUGCUGCUCCGGAUCUGGGCAAAUUGAAGGAUUUCCUCAACAAGAGAGACUUCAAAAUGCCCAAAAUGGAAGAAAUUAUGAAGGUAUUGGAUCAGAUGAACAUGCCUGAGGAGGAGAAGGAAAAACUAAGAGCGAACCUUCUCAAUAAUAGAUUGACUCCACGUCCCAAUUACCUUAUCUUUAUCGUCACGGUUGCGCUCGUGCUCCUGAUCUUCGUUUUCAUUGGGCGAAAACUCUACAAGACACUCACAGCAAAGGACAGAAAACAGGCUGAGAAGAAGAAAUUGAAGGAAGAGAAGAAGGCAAAGCAGAAAGACGAGAGCAAAAAUACCAAAAAGUCCAAAGGAGAAAGAGAUAAGAGCAAAACGAAACAGAAUUAAUGUGCAAUAAAAUUUUUUUAUCAAAUAAACUGGCUCCCAAAUUGUGGGGAAAAUA